AUGGUUGGCGUGCCUCGUAGCCAUGGAUGUUCACUUUGUGUCAAACGCCGAAUCAAGUGUGACCAAAGACUGCCUGGCUGUGUCAAAUGCGAGAAAUAUGGCCAACCUUGUCCUGGGUAUGACCGAGGCUUUAGAUUUGUGGCUGGAAAGCCAUAUCGAAACCGGCGUCAGCCCAAAUCACCGGGCGACAAGAAAGACACACCUUUGAGUGCAACGUCCAGCCCAGAGAUAGAGUUUGAGGCUGCUGGUCAGACACUAGCUCUAAGAGAAAGACCUCAUAUGAUCAUUUCCAAGGAUCUGAAUGUCAUGCAAUGCCUGUGUACGCUCAUAGACGACUUCUCCCAGCCAUACUCGCCCAGCCCGAGGCACGUUGUGACCCGCUGGCUAGAGUUCCUGCCCUCCAUUUACGGCCAGAAUAAAGUUUUGGAUUCGACCAUCAGGUCUUUCACAGCCCACCACUUUGGGCGCGUGGCUGGAAACACGCAAAUGGUCUCAUAUGCGCGAAUGGCAUACGGAGAAGCCCUCCAGGGACUCCGGAGAUCUUUGGAGACACCUGCUGAAAGCCUCUCUACUCACGUGUUCUGUGCAGUUGUGAUGCUGUGCAUGUAUGAGCUAUUCACGGAUACCGAGAACCCAGACUCAUGGAUGAAACACGCCAAAGGACUGAGUCAGUUGGUGAAAAUUCGAGGACCAGAUAGGUAUAGCAAUUUGCUUGACAUUACACUACUCAAAGCGUCUCGAGGCCUAAUAGUCAUGCACUCCAUGUUUUCUGGGGAGGAAUGCUUUCUAGCCUCUGAAGACUGGCAUCAGAAAAUGCGACAACAAUUUACGACAGACUUAUCAGCAGAAAUGCACAACAGCAUCGAAUCAUUCUUUGCAUACUUCACAUACGCACCAAGUCUUGUGCACAAGCUUUACGCCUUGAGGCACAUUGAGUUGACUAAGGCUGAGUCGCUACACGCGAUUUCAGAAGUGGUGUCUAAAGCUCUUGAGAUGCAAAUGAAUUUGGCCACCUGGUACGAAAACUACUCGCGAAUUGCAUUACCGCCCGUCGAGAAACUUUCUUCAACGAGGGAUAAACUAUACCCCAUCAUCCUUGAAUACGCAGAUGUGAGUCAGGCAACGAUAUAUUGUGGCUACUACUCCUACAUGGUGAUCAUCCAUGAAGUAUUGAAAACUUGUGGAUAUCCAGGUGACCAUGAGAUGAUGGUCAUCUACUUCAAGGAUCAAAUCUGCAAAUCGGUUGAAUACAAUAGCGUGGGAGUCUUGGGGCCAUAUCGAAUGGGAUUCCCUCUACGCGUGGCGAUCGAGAUUGCCGACCCAGUGACGAAAUCAUGGAUUAUGGGUCGACUCGAACAAUUUUCAAAAAUUUACGCCGCAUCUGAACCAAAGAAUUACGAAACUGUUCUCUGA